AUGGGGGAGGAAAAUUUGGACGAUGGUAUGUUGAGUGAAGAGAAUUUGGAUGGCGAUAUGUUAAGUGAAGAGAAUUCUGAUGAUGAUAUGUUGAGUGAAGAAAAUUUGAAUGAUGGUAUGUUGAGUGAAGAAAAUUUGGAUAAUGAUAUGUUGAAUAAAGAAAAUUUAGACAAUGAUAUAUUAAGUGAAGAAAAUUUGGAUGAUGAUAUAUUGAAUGAAGAAAAUUUGAACAAUGAUAUGUUGAAUGAAAAAAAUUUGGAUGAUGAUAUAUUAAGUGAAGAAAAUUUGGACAAUAAUAUAUUGAGUGAAGAGAGUUCUGAUGAAAGUUUUGGUAUUGAUAUAUUAAAUAAAGUUGAUGAUAUAUCGAAAAAAAGUGAUAGUGUAUUUGACGAAGACAGUUCUAAUGAAGAAAUUGUCGAUAAAUCAUUAAAUACUGAAAAAAUGCUAUCUAUUAAUGGAGAAUUUGUACUAUACUUCAAAAAUAUUACCGAAGCAUUAAUGUUUUGUUAG